AAUAAAAAAAUAAUUUUGUUUUUCUUUUCAAGAAUCUCAACAAAUAGGUGAACAAUUUGCACCACCAGCUUUAUUAACAACAAUGCCUCCUGCUGAUAUAUUAACACGUCCAACAGCAAUCAUUGCUCAAGCUGAUCCAACUCGAUCAAUAUCAACAUAUUUAUUAUCAAAUUCAUCAACAAAAAAAGUAAAUAAUAAGAUUAUUGAUGAUUUUCAAACUAAUUCCAUAUUAAAAUCAAAUCAACAAUCAACAACAUCAUUUUUAAAGCAAACAUCAUCAUCUGCAUUUCAACCAAUUAAUUCUAUACAAAAUUUAUCAUCGAAUAUAAUUAGUCGACAAAAAAAAAUUAAAUCUCAACCUAUUCUAAUCGAUAUACCAAAACAUAAAACAUUAGAACGUGGACAAAAAUUAACGAAAGUUCAUAUAUCUCAUCCACAAAGUCCAUCAAUUGUUAAUCUUAUGUUACAUGAAGAUUUUAAUAGAGCUUGUUGUCUCCUUCAUACAAUGUCAAUACAUCCAGAACUUCAAACAGAUUAUAUACCUAGUCAUCCUUUUAAACCAGCAAUAAAUAAAAUAUGUGCAUGUUUUCAUGAAGGUCGUUGGUUUCGUUGUCGUAUUUUACAAAUUUCAGAAGAUUUAUCAACAGCAACUGUCAUCUAUUUGGAUUGGGGCAUGGUAAUUCCCGUGCAAAUCAAACCAACACAUAUUCGUCGUUUACCAAAUGAAUUUUAUAUGGAAUCGAUUUGUUCUAUAAUGUGUCAUCUUGAUGGUGUAUCAAAUUCAAAUGAUUUAAUACCAUCUAGUAUUAUAGCUCAAUGUAUUAAUCUACUCAGUGAAAAUGAAUAUGAUGUUAUUGUUAAUGAUUAUCAUAGUGUAACUGGUGGUAAAAUUAUUCUUUCAUAUAAUGGACAAAUUAUUAAUGAUCAAAUACAAAAACUAAUUAUACCUUAUGUUUAA